AUGUCAAAAGCAGUAGGAAUUGAUUUAGGUACUACAUAUUCUUGUGUAGCCCAUUUUGCAAAUGAUAGAGUUGAAAUCAUUGCUAAUGAUCAAGGUAAUAGAACUACUCCUUCUUUUGUUGCCUUUACUGACACUGAAAGAUUAAUUGGUGAUGCUGCUAAGAAUCAAGCAGCAAUGAAUCCUGCAAAUACCGUCUUUGAUGCUAAACGUUUAAUUGGUAGAAAAUUUUCUGAUCCUGAAGUUCAAAAUGAUAAAAAACAUUUCCCAUUUAAAAUUAUUGAUAAAGGUGGUAAACCAAUCAUUGAAGUUGAAUUUAAAGGUGAAACUAAACAAUUCAGUCCUGAAGAAAUUUCUUCAAUGGUUUUAGUUAAAAUGAAGGAAACUGCCGAAGGUUAUUUAGGUACCAAGGUUACUGAUGCUGUUGUUACGGUCCCAGCUUAUUUCAAUGAUUCACAAAGACAAGCCACUAAAGAUGCAGGUUUAAUUGCUGGUUUGAAUGUUUUAAGAAUUAUUAAUGAACCAACUGCAGCUGCAAUUGCUUAUGGUUUAGAUAAGAAGGGGUCCAAGAGUGAACAUAAUGUUUUAAUUUUCGAUUUAGGUGGUGGUACUUUUGAUGUUUCAUUAUUAGCUAUUGAUGAAGGUAUUUUUGAAGUUAAAGCAACUCAUGGUGAUACUCACUUGGGUGGUGAAGAUUUUGAUAGUAGAUUAGUUAAUUUCUUUGUUGAAGAAUUUAAGAGAAAGAAUAAGAAGGAUAUUUCCACUAAUCAAAGAGCUUUAAGAAGAUUAAGAACUGCUUGUGAACGUGCAAAGAGAACUUUAUCUUCUUCUGCCCAAACUUCAAUUGAAAUCGAUUCCUUAUAUGAAGGUAUUGAUUUCUAUACUUCAAUCACUAGAGCUAGAUUUGAAGAAUUAUGUGCUGAUUUAUUUAGAUCUACUUUAGAUCCAGUUGAAAAGGUUCUUAAAGAUGCCAAGCUUGAUAAAUCUCAAAUUGAUGAAUUAGUUUUAGUUGGUGGUUCUACUAGAAUUCCAAAGGUUCAAAAAUUAGUAUCUGAUUUCUUUAAUGGUAAAGAAUUAAAUAAAUCAAUUAAUCCAGAUGAAGCCGUUGCUUAUGGUGCUGCUGUCCAAGCUGCUAUCUUAACUGGUGACACUUCUUCCAAGACUCAAGAUUUAUUAUUAUUGGAUGUUGCUCCAUUAUCAUUAGGUAUUGAAACUGCGGGUGGUAUUAUGACUAAAUUGAUUCCAAGAAAUGCCACAAUUCCAACCAAGAAGUCUGAAACCUUUUCAACUUACGCUGAUAACCAACCAGGUGUCUUGAUUCAAGUUUAUGAAGGUGAACGUGCCAAGACUAGAGAUAACAACUUGUUGGGUAAGUUUGAAUUAUCCGGUAUUCCACCUGCUCCAAGAGGUGUCCCACAAAUUGAAGUCACCUUUGAUAUCGAUGCUAAUGGUAUCUUGAAUGUAUCUGCUUUAGAAAAGGGUACUGGUAAGACUCAAAAGAUUACCAUUACUAAUGACAAGGGUAGAUUAUCUAAAGAAGAUAUCGAAAGAAUGGUUUCUGAAGCUGAAAAGUUUAAGGAAGAUGAUGAAAAGGAAGCUGCUAGAAUCCAAGCUAAGAAUGGUUUAGAAUCUUAUGCAUAUUCAUUAAAGAAUACUAUUAAUGAUGGUGAAAUGAAGGAUAAGAUUCCUGAAGCUGAUAAAGAAAAAUUAACUCAAGCUAUUGACUCCACUAUUUCUUGGUUAGAUUCUUCUCAAGCUGCUUCAACUGAAGAAUAUGCGGAUAAACAUAAGGAAUUAGAAUCGGUUGCAAACCCAAUUAUUACUGCUGCUUAUUCUGCCGCUGGUGGUGCUCCUCCAGGUGCUGGUGCUGGUGGAUUCCCAGGUGGUGCUCCAGGAGGAUUCCCAGGAGGUGCUCCAGGUGGAGGUGCAGGUGGUGAUUCCGGCCCAACUGUUGAAGAAGUUGAUUAA